AUGAAACUGGUGUUCCCCCAGGAUUUUCCAACUGCAGCCCCGAAAGGCUACUUCCUGACCCGCAUCUUCCACCCCAACGUCUCCACCUCCGGCGACAUCUGCGUCAACACCCUGAAGCGGGACUGGACACCGGACCUGGGCCUGAGGCACAUCCUGACCGUCAUCCGCUGCCUGCUGGUGGAGCCCAACCCCGAGUCGGCGCUGAACGAGGAGGCCGGGCGCCUCCUGCUGGAGGGCUUCCCCGAGUUUGCGCGGAAGGCCGCGCUCAUCACCAGCGUACACGCCACGAGGCAAACGCCGCUGACGGCGACAGGCGGGGCAAACACCGUGAACGCAGAGGGCUGUGGGGAUGAUGCAGGAAAGCCCGCCCCGCGCAGCCUCUCGGCGGCCCCAGGGGUACGAAAGGCGGCGCCGGAGAAGAAGCGGAGCCUGAAGCGGCUGUGA